CCUCGUCUCCGGUUUCGCUUCAACCCUCGCUCCGCCAAGGGAGCCCGCACCGGGGCGCCCGCCGGCCGGGUGCCGUACCGCCCGCUUUGUCGCAGGGAGACCGAGGGCGUCCCCAGCACCGCCAUCCGCGAGAUCUCGCUGCUGAAGGAGCUCAAGCACCCCAACAUAGUCAGGCUCCUGGAUGUCGUGCACAGCCAGAAGAAACUGUACCUGGUGUUUGAGUACCUGAAUCAGGACCUGAAGAAGUACAUGGACUCAUCCCAGACUGGAGACUUUCCUUUAAGCUUGGUCAAGAACUACCUUUUCCAGCUGCUGCAGGGUGUGAGCUUCUGCCAUUCGCACAGAGUCAUCCACAGAGACUUGAAACCGCAGAAUUUGCUCAUUAACGAAGUGGGAGCCAUCAAACUAGCUGAUUUCGGGCUGGCAAGAGCUUUUGGAGUCCCCCUGCGCACAUACACUCACGAGGUGGUGACCUUGUGGUACCGAGCCCCUGAAAUCUUGCUGGGAUGCAAAUACUAUUCAACAGCUGUGGAUAUCUGGAGCAUCGGCUGCAUCUUUGCAGAAAUGGUGACCAGGAAAGCCUUAUUUCCAGGGGACUCUGAGAUCGAUCAGCUCUUCCGGAUCUUCCGCACCCUGGGCACUCCCACGGAGGUGACCUGGCCUGGGGUGACCCAACUGCCUGACUACAAGGGGGACUUUCCCCGCUGGGCAAGGAAGGAGAUGAAGGAAAUUGUUCCCAACUUAGAUCGGGAUGGCCGAGACUUACUGACGCAAUUGCUACUGUAUGACCCCAGCAGGCGCAUCUCAGCCAAGGCAGCCCUCAAUCACCAGUACUUCUUCUGGAGAAGCCCCCACGACCCUGGAGAGCGGUGUACACUGCAGAGACACUGCAGAUGAGAAGACAGAGAUAUUCCUGUGCGCUUACUCUGCAGGGUAGCGGUGCAGAUCUGUUUUGGCGCACUUCGCAGGGGACUGGCUGGGACCCAGGACCUCACUUCUCCUGAGGAGCCUGAAGGGGGACAUUCUUGUAUUUAGAAACUCUCAGCCUGUUGCUGGGGGAAAGUUUGUCUAGGCUAUGGACAGUAGAGCUGUUUUGAAGAGGUCCUGUCCGAAGAGGGGGCUAGAGCGUAAUUUAUCAGCAUAAAACGCUGAACUGGAAAUGAGAGAGCAACUUUCAGAGGCUUGCCCUUUGCAUUAGCCAGCGAGCUAAGGUGACACACAAUGAUUUGUCUCUCUCCAGCCCUGGAGCAUCUCCUGGUCUUGCCGCAGAUCUGUCGAUGGCAGUUCCUGACACCAGGGCGUGCUGGAGCUCCACUCUGGGUACGGGAGUGCUUCUCUACUCAGUUAUUUGUUGCUGUUAACAAGGAGGGGGUUUGCCAGCAUUGGACAAGUUAUUUGAUGUGAGCUGUUUAAUGGAGCUGAUGUUCUGCUUUUUCGCAAGCUGAGGACCACUGUAGGGAAUCUUAAUUUGUGCCUUAGCUAGGACUGAGAAGCCAAAAGAUGCAGUUAGCCUAAAGCACCGAUUGAAAACUCCCGGUGUGGAAACACUGGGUUUCCAUCGCUGGUCCAGAUGUAAUCCCAAUUUCCUUUGCUUGGACGUAUUUUUGCUGUUCAAAUGUUUGCAGAAUUAUCACUAACUUUUGAUGUAGUUUUUGACAUAUGCAAGCUUUU